AGCCUAUGCAGAGCAUUAUCGGUGCUCGCAUCACCGAUGGCUAAAUCCGUUCUAUCCGGAGAUUUUGAUUUUCACAUUUCUGGUGUUUUGCGCCUUGGACUGCUUCGAUAGAUAUUUUGAUCCGUCUUGUUUUUUGUUCGUUUCAUUGCUGUAAUCGAAGCGGAAUACACCUCUCCUUUUUUCUCUGGAGGCUGUGAGGCGACAGUCGGUGAAGAAAGGAAAAACCGGUGGGAAAGGAGUGAGGGACUGCAAAGAAGAAUUACAGCAAAAGUAGAAUCGCCGUGGAAGGUGUUAAUCCGCCCGCGGUCUUGGAGCCCGACCACCCUUUUUUUUUGCUUGCGUUGCUGGCGCGGUGCCCGUAGCAUUGAACCAGGUUUGAUUUCUUUUUUUCUUCUCCUUUUUGUUGUUCCCUCAUUCUCUCUGGUUUUCGGUUCUGUUUAAUUCAUAUUAAUGGAGUUGUUAGACGAGAUGCUGGACAGGAAGGUGGAGCGGGAGAAGCUCAGAGCGACAGAAGGCGCCGCCGCCCCGUCUGCUGCCGCCGCAGCCGCCGCACUUUCCCCUUCCGCUUCCACCCCCUCACCCACUGUCACUCGCCCCUGCUGGCUCUGCAAUCAUGGGAGCUCUUUGCGCUUCCGCCUGCAGGGUGGCAUCUACCUCUGCUUCAACUGCUUCCGCAUUUCUUACCUGUCGCUGCUGCUGCCCAUCAUUAACACUUCUCUGCGGCGCAAAAGCGAUGCUGCCUUUUUGAAGCUGAUUUACGACAAUGAAGAGGAGCGCAGCGCGUCGACCGCGUCGCUCGGUGAGGAGUCGCUGUGCAGCACCUACGGUGAGAUAAUCGAGCCCCAGCAGGCCUCCUUUGUGAUGAGCGCUUCGAUGAUUCGCCAGCGACUGGAGAAGGAAGAGCAGCGCCGCAUUUCCGCGAUCGGGCGGAAGAGCGACGCGGUCGGGGCGAUCACGAGUGCCAAGUUCAUGUGGAGCUGCCCGCGGUGCACCUUUCUCAACGCCGCCCUCGCCCGCGAGUGCGAGGCAUGCGGGUUUGUGAAUCCUGGUACGGUGCGCUGCCCCGUCUGCGGUGCCGCCUGCCCGAUCGGCGCGCCGAACGCGCUCUCGACAAAAGCGCCGCCGAGUAAGUGUCGAAAUGGGGAGCUGCACCGUAUCUGGAACUGCCGCGAGUGCGGCGCCCUUAACACACUCGACGGCGACCGCUGCCACUUCUGCAAGCAGCCCCGGUACUGGGCGUGUUCGCAAUGCACGGCGCUGCACCACAUGGCCCGCGACCCGGACGGGCUGCGCUACUGCCCCACCUGCGGCACGUACAACACCCCUGAAGACGUGUUGGCGGGGCAGGCGAAGAUCGAGAAGGAGGUGAACCACGCCGAGCUGGUGACGGCGCACCGCGAGGUGAACGAAGGCGGUGGCACCCCUGCCACCAACGACGGUGCGCACGGCGUCGUGUUUGGCGUGAAUGACUCCCAAACGUUGGAGGAGCGGGCGCGGCAGAAGGAGAUUGAGGACAACGAGAAGCGGCUGCAGGCUCGCCUCCAUCGGCUGCACAUCUCCCGCAACGUGCAGAAGACGGACGGCAACUGUCUCUUCAGUGCGCUGGCGAACCAGCUCUUCGGUCAGCCGCGCCUGCAUUAUUUGCUGCGCUCGCUCGCCGUGGCGUACAUGACCUACCACUCCGAUGACUACUCCAUCCUCUUUGAUGGAGAGGCGGAGUGGCGCAACUACCUCUCCCUCAUGCGCGAGCAGGGAACGUGGGGCGACGAGCUGUGCCUCAACGCCGCUGCUCGUUGCUUCCACGUGAACAUCCACGUCAUCACCAGCGACCAUGAUCGGUGGCACAUCGUCUUCCAGUACCAGCAGCUGGGGCAGUCCAAGGUCAAGUCCAGCGCGAAGAAUGCGAUGGGGGUGGCGAACAGCGAAGCGCUGAAGAUGGGCUCGCCCCAAAGGAAAGCGAUGUCCCCACAGUCCCCGCCGGUGUACGAGGGUGUCUCCGUCUUCCUCGCCUACCUCGCCCCGGUGCACUACGACGACAUCACCCCGUCACCGGUGAAGAAGCUCAUGCUGGGGGAACUGCUGAGUGGGGAGCUGAGCAAGCGGAUUAAAACGAAGCAGCGCCUCUCAGACAGCUCGAACACGACCCCGGCCGCAACUCCGCCGCCGCAAGAGUCCACAAACAAGCUGCACUCGUCGACGUCCAAUGUGAUUCGGCCACCGCUAUCAGCGAUGCGCACACAUGGCGCGGUGCCCGUCGAACUGCGAAUCGCGUCCUCAGAUAGCCUGGUCAAGUCGUACUUGGAGUCCUCCACGGGUUCGAACACAAUGGCGCCCGCGGUGCCCCGCUCUCGGCCGCAGUCGAGUCGAACCAAAGACGGGAGCAACCAUAUGCAAGACCCGUCUCGCCCGUCGCCCACCCCUCCCGCCAGCCACCGAACCCAUGGGGACAAAAAUUAG